AUGUCCACAAAAUUCAGCCUCCGGGAUCGGUCCCCGAUAAACUCCUCCUGGGUAUCAAAGAAGAAGGUCGCUCGCUUUAUCGCCGCCGCCUGCGUGGUGGGAACAUUCUUCGUCUUCGUCGGCCCGCACCUUACCCAUCAUGCGAGUGAACAGAAGCAGAAGAUCGUCCAAGCUAUUGCAUCAGAGAACAUCACAAUUACUGCCCAUGUUGGUUGCGAACCCGAAUUUGACAUCUUAGAGCGACUCGGUAUCAAGAAGGUCUCCCAGUAUGUCCGACGGGAAGUAGCAGCGGUGCCGUCCUCUGGCAAGGUGCCCUUAAUCCAAACUCUCGAUACCCCCCUGUUCGACAGGGAGUUUAUUCGCGCAAAAGACCGCAAUUAUUCGGGGAUUUUACAGGACGACUGCUCAAUUCCGACCUCGAUUUCGCUGGAAGUGUCGCCGCCUCCCGUACAUGUUGAUGCCUCGCACUUCGAUUUCGGCGUCGCCACAAAAGUUGACAGGCUGAGCGAAUCUUUGGAUGCUUUUGUCCACUGGGCAGGCCACACACGAACCCGCAUAUUCGCAUUGGUCGAGCCGGAUGAGCGGAUACCUGAAGUCCUAGCCAAGGCUGAAAAACUUGGGGUCAAUCUGUUCGUGACAGAAUCCGACGACGAAUAUCAAACACGGUAUUUUGGCCUGAUAUCGCAUUUGGCUGAGAACUUGCGCGAAGAGACACGAUGGUCUUGUAUCAUCGAUGACGAUACUUUCUUCCCUUCCAUGUCGGCUUUGAUCGAAGCCUUCGAAAAGUACGACCAUACACAACAGAUGUACGUUGGCGGGGUAUCAGAAAGUGUUGCACAGAUCGGUCUGUUUGGGCUCAUGGGAUUUGGAGGCGCCGGCGUCUUCUUGUCCCGCCCUCUCGUUGAGCAGUUGAGCAAACCCGAAGUCUUUGAGGCCUGCCAACAAUCAGAGUACACAGGCGAUCGAAGAAUCUCGCUCUGCGUUUACCAAUAUUCAAACGCACACCUAACUAUCGACCAUCGAUUGCGACAGCUCGACUUUAGAGGCGACGCCACUGGAUUCUUUGAGGCUAUCAGGCCUCUGCCUCUGUCGGUGCAUCACUGGAAGUCCUGGUUCCAUGCCGACAUGGCAAAACUGAGCAAGGUCAGCGAAAUCUGUGGCGAGACCUGUCUGCUCGGAAAGUGGCGGUUUGCGGACGGUUGGACCUUGACCAACGGCUUUUCAAUAUCAAAAUAUAGCACGGAGAUCAGCACUGAAGACACAUCAAUGGAGCUCACCUGGGAUGGCGACCACCACGCUUCCCGCGAAGCCUUCAUGCAUGAACUUGGUCCCCUCCGUGAAAAGGACGAGGGCAAGAUUGCCUAUCUCAUGGUGGACUCGGUAGUCGACGAGGACAGUGUUCGACAGUGGUAUGUCCAUCGCGAUUCGGACAAGGGCGACCAGAUCAUGGAAUUGAUCUGGCGAAAGCAAUAG